AUGGGUUCCACCUCUGACGAAAAGAUCCUAGAUGCCCUCAUUGUGGGCGCAGGGUUUGGUGGAGUCUACCAACUCAAAAAGCUUCGUGAGAAUGGGUUCAACGUCAAGCUCGUCGAUUGUGCCACAGACUUCGGUGGAGUCUGGUACUGGAAUCGAUAUCCCGGGGCUCGAGUUGACAGUACAGUGCCUCAUUACGAAUUCUCUGAUCCAGACCUCUGGCAAAACUGGUCCUGGAAGCAACGGUUUCCUGGCAGUCAGGAACUUCGAGACUACUUCAGUUUUGUGGCAGAUAAAUGGGAUUUAAGGAAGGAUACCGAAUUCAACACGUUCAUCUCGGAAGCAGUCUUUGAUGAACAGAGUAACCUUUGGCAUAUCGCUAGCUCUUGUGGAAAAAAGUUUGUGGCGAGAUAUUUCUUGCUAAACACUGGUUUCUCUGCAAAACGCCAUAUCCCAAAUUGGAAAGGGAUUGAAAGAUUCCGGGGUACGUGGGUUCACCCUUCAUACUGGCCCAAGGAAGAGCCGGAUCUCAGAGGCAAAAAAGUUGCUGUCAUUGGCACUGGGUCAACUGGAGUGCAGCUUGCACAGGAACUCAGUAAGGUUGCAGGUCACUUCGUUCUGUUUCAACGGACGCCGAACCUGGCUUUGCCCAUGGGACAGAUUAAUUUCAAAGUGGGAGAGCAGGCUAUCCCUAGAGAAGAUUAUCCUGAUCUUUUCAAUGGUCGUCGUAAUAGCUACGGUGGAUUCAACUUCAAUUUCACACCGCGAUCCACUUUUGACGAUUCACCAGAAAAGCGAAAGGAAACAUACGAAGAGCUCUGGAAGCACGGAGAUUUCCAUUUUUGGCUUGCGUCAUACCAAGAUAUGCUUUUCACCAAAGAGGCAAACAAAGAGGCAUAUCAAUUCUGGAAAUCAAAGGUCAGGCCACGAAUCCACGAUCCUCGUCUUCGCGACAUACUUGCACCCGAGAUUCAGCCCCACGGCUUUGGCUCCAAACGUAUCUCUCUAGAGAAUGGAUUUUACGAGAUUUUCAACCAAUCCAAUACGUCACUGGUGGACAUAAAAUCCACGCCAAUCGUCGAGGUCACGGAACGCGGAAUCAAAACCACAGAGAAGGAGUGGGAAUUUGAUUACGUCAUUUGUGCGACUGGCUUUGACGCAGUCACUGGUGGUCUCUUGCAAAUGGAUAUCAGGGGAAGGGAUGGUCUGCGCCUGACCGACAAGUGGAAGAAUGGCACGAAAACAUACCUUGGUAUGGCUGUCACAGGGUUCCCAAAUAUGUUCUUUACGUAUGGGCCUCAGGCACCUACUGCGCUGUGUAAUGGGCCGACUUGUGCGGAGUAUCAAGGUGACUUUGUCGUUGGGGCUAUGGAAUAUAUGCGAAAGACAGGUCAAAGGCGCAUCGAGGCUGGGGCUGAAGCGGAACAGCUGUGGGGUGAGGAUGUUCGCAAGUUUGCUUACUCUUCAUUGCUACCUGAAACUGACUCGGUGAGCUUGCCCCUUUUUCUCAUCAUUGAAUUUUUCUCACUAAUGCUGCUACAGUGGUAUAUGGGAUCCAAUAUCCCGGGGAAGGUGCGGGAACCUCUCAUCUAUUUAGGCGGCGUGCCAAACUACUACAAGAGCCUUGAUGCAUGUUUGAAAGGUGGUUUUGCUGAGUUCCAGCAAAUUUAG